UGCAGGGUUUAAACAGAGAGUGACAGAGCAAUAAGCAAGUGGAGAAAAAACUCUGCACUCUUUCUAGUACUAAUUAUUUACUUUGUCUUGGAUCAUUCCAAACCAUCGGUGAUGAGGGACUAUGAUGAGAUCACGUCUUUCCUUGGGGAGUGGGGACCAUUUCAGCAGAGCAUAUUCAUCCUGCUCAGUCUCAGCACUGUUCCCAAUGGCUACGCUGGGAUGUCCAUGGUGUUCCUGGCUGGCACACCACACCACCACUGCAGUCUGCCUUACCUGAACGGGAGUACGACUAAUCUGAGUGAAGCUCUGCCCAUGGAGGAGGUAAAUGGUCACCUGGACCAGAGCAGGUGCACUCGUUACAAGUGGCUCAACAGCACCGGGAAACCAUUUGGAAAUGAGACUGAGAGUUGCAUGGAUGGCUGGGAUUACAGCACAGAGCAGUAUGUCUCCACUAUAGUGACUGAGUGGAACCUUGUGUGUGGGGAUUCCUGGAAGGCGCCGUUCAGCUUGUCUGUUUUUUUCAUGGGUGUGCUGACUGGCUCCUUCAUUUCUGGUCAGAUUUCAGACAGAUUUGGCAGGAAGGUUGUUCUCUUCAUCACCAUGGCAAUGCAAACGAUCUUCAGUCUCCUCCAGCUGGCCUCCGUUAGCUGGGAAAUGUUCUGCAUCCUUUUCUUCAUCGUUGGAAUUGGACAGAUAUCUAAUUAUGUUGCAGCCUUCGUUUUAGGGACAGAGCUGCUGGGAAAGUCUUCUCGCGUCACCUUCUCCACCCUGGGUGUGUGCGUGUUCUACGCACUGGGCUACGCUCUCCUCCCGUUCUGCGCUUACUUCAUCCGUAGCUGGAGGAUGCUGCUGUUUGUCCUCACACUGCCGGGAGUCCUCUACAUCCCGCUCUGGUGGCUAAUUCCAGAGUCUCCUCGCUGGUUACUGGCUCAAGGGCGCAUAAAGGAAGCAGAAGCCAUUGUCCAAGCUGCAGCCAAAAAAAACGGUGUCACUCCUCCACAGGUUAUAUUUAGUGGAUUGGACUCUGCUAAACUCAUGCACAGUGACACUCACAACACUAAUACCUCAUACUCAUACCUGGAUCUGAUCAGGACAAGUAAGAUGAGGAAUAUAACCAUCCUCAAUGUCAUCCUCUGGUUCAUGGUAACCAUCAGCUACUUUGGCCUGUCUCUAAACACCCCCAACAUGAAUGGUGAUCCCUACUUGAACUGUCUGCUCUCUGCACUCAUGGAGGUGGCAGCUUACUUCUGGGCAUGGCUAAUGUUGAAGGUGACCUCCCGACGGGCGGUUAUCUCCUCCACUCUGCUGACAGGAGGGGCUGUGCUGCUUCUCACCCAGAUCGUUCCUCGAGACCUCAACAUCCUAAGCAUUGUGCUGGUGAUGAUCGGGAAGUUCGGAAUUACAGCGGCAUUCUCUGUGAUGUACAUUUCGGCCAUGGAGCUCUUCCCCACAGUCGUGCGGGGGAUGGGAGUGAGCAUCUGCUCCAUGGCCUCCAAGAUUGGGAGCACCAUCUCCCCCUACUUCGCCUUCAUUGGUGCAUACAACGAGGCUCUCCCCUACAUUGUGAUGGGCCUUAUGACUCUGACUGUGGGCCUGCUCAGUCUGCUGUUGCCUGAAACACAGGGUAUCCCACUGCCAGAGGACCUCUCCCAAACGCAGAGCCUCAACUGCUGCUUCCACAGAUGUGCCUGCUGUCAGGAACAGGAAGGAAUGCUUCCAGAAGAAACAAUUCACUGAAAAAGAACGGGAUGCGUGUCAAUCAGAUCACAGUCAUACCUGUGCAGAGAUGGCAGCUUUGUUGUUCCACUGGGAGAUAAUGGACACUUUUCCAUUUCCAUAUUUUUCACAAUGACUUAAUUCAUGUAAGUCUUUGUGUAUGGCCAAAAAUGUUUACAUUCAGUUUGCUUAAAAGUAUUGAACUCAACAUGCAAUGAAAUUGAAUCGCACUUAAUUGAAUGAAUUGAUCCAAGGAUUUGAACACAAAAUAGUGACUUGAUUUAUUUUACUGGUGCAAAUUUAAGUUUGUCAACUUUUAUUAAGCUGUUAAAAUGAUUCUAACAUAUUGUUCAUGCAUACAUGUACACAGGACAAUGCUGGCGUUAUCACUGGGAAAUGGGCAUAGUUUAACCUAUUUCAACUACAUUCACUGGUCUACUACUGGCAUUAACUGCCUCAUUACUAUUGGGUAUCAAUGCCAAAUGCCCUUCUGCAGUAUUUACUGUUUACAUUGCACUGCUAAAUUGCAGCUCUAGGUGUUAGGAUAAAUUUUAUUAUGUUUGCUGCCAUUAUGUCAUUUGGCAGCUUUACUCUGCUUAUAACAACUGUUUUGCAAAUAUACCUUUUGUUUUUUCCCAGCAUUUAUUUUGUAACUUUCUGCAUUAUAUUGUAAUACAAUGGCAUUUCAUCUGGUGACAGGCCUAUAGUGUUGUGUAGUAUAUAAAUUGUUGUGUCUGCAUUAGUGUUAGAAAUAAGAAAUGUUAACAAAAUUUAUAUCAUCUGACCUGCCUCUGGUGACAGUAACAAUAAGUAAAGCAUAUUUUAAAUUUUUGAAUGAAAUUCUGCAGAGAAUGAAAACCGACAGUGUGAUUUCAACAGCUAAAAUGAACGAAUGCUAAAUUGCUCCCUUAUAUUAGCCAGCCACUCUGUUUAAGGUGGUUAAUGUUUUACUCAUAAACUGUACACCUGUUUGAUUAUUUACUUUCACUAUUCAUGCAGGCAGUUUGGUAGUAUUUAAUACAGUUGUG